ACGUGUCCGGCGCCCAGUACGUGGGCUCCGGCUACACCAAGGCCGUGUACCGGGUCCGCCUGCCCGGCGGCGCCGCGGUGGCGCUCAAGGCGGUGGACUUCAGUGGCCACGAUCUGGGCAGCUGCGUGCGGGAGUUCGGGGCACGGAGGGGCUGCUAUCGGCUGGCGGCCCACAAGCUGCUCAAGGAGAUGGUGCUGCUGGAGCGUCUGCGGCACCCCAACGUGCUGCAGCUCUAUGGCUACUGCUACCAGGACAGCGAAGACAUCCCGGACACCCUGACCACCAUCACAGAGCUGGGUGCCCCUGUGGAGAUGAUCCAGCUGCUGCAGACGUCUUGGGAGGACCGAUUCCGAAUCUGCCUGAGCCUGGGCCGCCUCCUCCACCAUCUGGCCCAUUCCCCACUGGGCUCCGUCACUCUGCUGGACUUCCGCCCCCGACAGUUUGUGCUGGUGGAUGGGGAGUUGAAGGUGACGGAUCUGGAUGAUGCACGUGUAGAAGAGACACCGUGUACAAGCAGCACUGACUGCAUACUCGAGUUUCCAGCCAGGAACUUCACUUUGCCGUGCUCAGCCCAGGGCUGGUGCGAGGGCAUGAAUGAGAAGCGCAACCUCUACAAUGCUUACAGGUUUUUCUUCACAUACCUCCUGCCCCACAGCGCCCCACCUUCACUACGGCCUCUUCUGGACAGCAUUGUCAACGCCACAGGAGAGCUCACCUGGGGAGUGGACGAGACCCUGGCCCAGCUGGAGAAGGUACUGCACUUGUAUCGUAGUGGGCAAUAUCUGCAGAACUCCACGGCAGGCAGCAGAGCAGACUACCAGCGCCUCCCCGAUAGCACCGUCCCCCAGGAAGACUACCGCUGCUGGCCGUCCUACCACCACGGAGGCUGCCUCCUUUCCGUGUUUAACCUGGCUGAGGCUGUGGACGUCUGUGAAAGCCAUGCCCAGUGCCGGGCCUUUGUGGUCACCAACCAGACCACCUGGACAGGUCGCCAGCUGGUUUUUUUCAAGACAGGAUGGAGCCACGUGGUCCCUGAUCCCAAUAAGACCACAUAUGUGAGGGCCUCUGGCUGACCUGUCUGAGGGCUCAACUGACCAGCUGACCAUCCCCACCGGCUGGGCUUGCCUGCGGAGGGAGUGACUUACGCUAGCAGCACUGCGUGUCACCUGGGAACCCCUGCAGACAAGACUGACAUCCCAGACAGACUGAGGUGACCAGGACAACGUGCAAUAAUGCCAAAUGUUAAAAUGUGAGUUUACCAGUCUAGGUAUGGGACUGCUGGCUCCAAGGCCAGGAAUCAUGGGGGCUAACUGCCUCUCCAACCCUCUGGGCUGCCAGCCAGGCUUCAGCUGGCCUCCCUUUGGGGCCUCUGCCACUCACUGGGACAAUUCCAUGGGCAGCCACAUCGCUGUGUUUGUAGUGUGAGAAUGUAGCCAAAGCCCUGGCUGCUGCUGCUGCUGUUGCUACAGGUGCCAUGGCCUAGAGGGGCUGCGUGGGGACAAUCGGUCAUGGAGUGUUCUCUCAUCCGAGCUCUGGACAAGAGACUUGAUGGGAUGCUCUAGGAAGUCAGUGAUUCUAUACCUGAGGAGGCCACCUCUGGCCACCUGACCGGGGGUGCUUACAGGCCAGCCCAGGGGUUGGGGCGGAGGAGCACACCAUGGUAUGAGCCAAGACAUGAGGUCGAGGAGUAGGUUGCGGUUUGAGCCAGGACCUGGGGUGGGGGUGGGGCCGGGGCCUUUCUGCCUCAUUUGCUUUCAGUGAAAGCCAAAAAACAGCCAAAACCAGCCUCUCCCCCUUCCUGGAGUUUGUAUAUCCAGAAGCUUUUGUAUUUCUUGUUCAUUAAAAUGUUUAUUUUUGUAAAAAAAAAAAAAAAAGAAAGAAAGAAAGAAUUGAUCAAUUAAUAAAAUGACAUCUCACGGCAAG